AUGUCCUCUGCUGCAACUGAUGUGGUCUCUUUCCUUGUUUCCUUUAGUACCGGCGUGGUUGUGACGCUGCUCUGGUCGCGUAGUGGCUGCGGUGGUGGCUGCUGGCCAACCAAUCUACUCCGUGGGAAAGGGCAGCAGAUGGGCGCAUUUUUGGCACAGCACGGUGAGCCGCACAAGAUGGCGCUCGUCGUGCGGAAGGACCUGAAGAUGGGCACAGGAAAGAUUGCGUCGCAGUGCGCCCACGCAGCGGUGGCUGUGGUAGAGGACGUACAAAGCCGUCGCCGUAGUGUUGCUGCUGCUGCUGCUGCUGCUGCUGGUGGUGGUGGUGAGAGGGGGUUGGAUGAGGCGUGGGUCUCGUGGUAUGACGCGUGGUCAUUCGCUGGCAGCACCAAGGUGGUGCUGCAGUGUGAGAGCGAGGAGCGGCUCAUGGCUACGCUGCGUGCUGCGAAGCGUGAGGGCCUGCCACACGCCCUCAUUCGUGAUGCGGGGCGCACACAGAUUGCGCCUGGAAGCAAGACGGUGCUAGCAGUGGGACCGGCACCCAAAACACUCGUCGACCACGUCACGGGAAGCCUGAAACUACUCUGA